AUAUCACCCAUAUAAAAAAUAAAUAUAAAAACAACUAGACCACAUCAUAUUUGUUGCAAUAUUUUUAAUUAAACACUAAGGACAUAUUCUGUAUUUGAUACUUUACAUUUUUUUUGGAAGAAUACUUUACAUUUUAUUUAAAGUUAGUGAUCUACACUAUAAUUAAUAGCUGAAAAACAAAACUGCCAACCCCAUAUAUUUAAUAAAAAAAUCUCUGCCUCUAGAGUGAUUUUUGGAGGGGUAUAUUUUAGGAGGAGGAAAAUUAUGGCGCUAGCUGCGAACGACGGCCUAGAGUGUGGCCCAAGAGUGUUAUGGCACAUGAAAGAAAUAGUCUUCCGUUCAUUUGGUUUGCAAAGCCUGUGAAGUGUUUUGCUCAGUUGGCCUCACGAUUGCCUGACACAAACCACCAACGAAGCGCUACCGUCCAUCUCUUAUUUCCUUGCUCUGAUUGUGUACUUGAAUCUGUCGUUGGGUCACAUUUACCUUACAAAAACUGCAAACUUCCAAAACACAAAAAUUGUAGCUCAUACUAAAAUUCAGAGCAUCGACAAUCAAAGUUCAUAAAUGUUAGGACUUUGCUACGGUGACAUAACUUGCACUUUUAGGUCGACCUCAUAUAGGAUUAGGUCGACCUAAUAUGUUGUUUCAGUCUUGUGCUAGAAGGCAACUUACUUCGUUGCAACUUCGAGCCUUUUGUUUGAAGCCUUCCAGAUUUCCAAUAUUUCAUCCAAUGCCUUGACUUUGUAGACAAACAUACCUACUUUCAUGUGGUAGAGGCCCCUGGACUCGAAUCUUAUCCAUGCUUUUCGAAUUGAGCUCCAUAGUAGACUUCACAAACACUUUCCAAGACUUACCCAUUUUCAGCCAUUUUCCCAGCUUUGGCAUAGUCUUUUGAUCAGGUUCAAAAAUGGUUUUCUCGACUUCCUAUCAAGCUCCCAAGCACUUCAAUGUGUAGAGGGACACUCCAGCUUCAAAACAAGCGAUUAAUCUCCAAUUUCCAUCGAGCCAAUUGUAAGAUAUGAAUCUCCAAAGUACGCACCAUGAAACUGUUUUUACACUGAAACAACAUAUUAGGUGGACCUAAUCCUAACUGAGGUCGACCGAAAAAUGCAAGUUACGGUGACAUGCAUGUCACCAUAGGCGCACCCUAAAUGUUAUUUCAUAUAUCACUUAUUGGAGAGAUUUUUCUCUCUAUAAGUAGAAUGAAAUGAAACAAGUAAUAGCCAAAUCAACAACUCUGGCUCGAAGACGAUGACCUGAUUAUUCGUGAGAGAAAGGAAUACAUGCAGUGCUGGUAGAGAUCCAGAUAGCAAAGAAGAAAAUGAUACAUGCGACACUAGAUAUUGGAAGUUGUUGAAGAUUUGGAUGAGAGGCAAAAAAAGCUUCCUACUUCCAGAGAUUCACCACGAGUUCGUGAAUGUGGAUUGUGGAACAGAUCAUCAAAUCACGGGCUUGAGACUAAAUUAAAGGAUAGGAUGUUAGUUAAAUGGCCUCGAUAUAGAAUUUGGUAGAUCUGCCGCAGAUCUCCUGCGUCGGCUUAGGAAACGAAGAAACGAAGGGAAGAAGAAGAUAUAAUCUCUUUCAUUAACAACCAAUUGAGUAGAUGGGGGUGGAUAAACGAUGCUUCUAUUCAAAUUUUGAAGUCUGUUCCUUUUUCGGGCAUAAUCAGAUUAUUUAAAGCUAUUAUCCUACUACAAUUUUUCUUUUAUUUUUUCUCGACAUUAUUUUCUUGGUAUUUUCUUUGAGUUGGUUGUUCGAGAAGGAGUCGUUGGAUGUUGUGGUAAUGAGGAUAGUUUCGAUGUUAUGGCAAAUUUGGAAAUCCCAUAAUUGGGUCGUGUUCGAGGGUGUCCAGUACCAGAUUGAUAUUCUCAUACGUCAGUUUGAGGUUCAAGUGCGGGAACGGGUUGCUGGGACGGAUCCAAGAAGGCUUAAUGGAGAGGUGCAAGACGAUCGGUUGAGCAUUAUCAAUAACAAUGUAGCGCAGGGUAUGAAUUGGGUGUGUUACUUCGAUGGAGCAAUGGGGCAUGGUUCGCAUUCGGCUAUUAGUAUAGUGCUGCGUGGUAUGGAUGGGGUCGUGGUGAGUGCCAAAAGGUCCUUCAUAAAGUAAACUCUACAAGUGCUCGUGAUAGUCGGGGAGGGGUUGUGUUGUGUGAUGUUCAUUAGUUGUUUUCGAGAGUGACGGGGGAUGUAAUCCGAUUUGUAGGCAGGGAGGACAAUAGGGUAGCCCAUAAGGUGGCUCAAAAGGUCCUUUCUUUGUUUCUUGCUCUCGCUGGUUGUUUGAUUUCUGCGCUUGACUCCGCUCGGAGUUGUAAAAUUUGUGAUCUAUUGGUUCUUGGUAAUGCAAGCUAUCUUUUCACCCCCCAAAAAACCAAAUGAUAUUUACUAAAAUGAUAUAAUAUUCACAUUCUUUCAACGCUCUCAAAUUAUAAUUCUCGGAAAAUAUACGCUCUUACGCUCCCGCUCUGCGAAUCAUUAAGCUAAAUCCGUCGAGUUAAAUCUGCAGACAGAAAGACUACUGGCAGAACUCGCCUUCCAUCACAUAUCACCUAGCUGGGUGCGAUGUUUGAUACCUAGGGAGGUAUAUGUAUGCAAGACGAACCCCCUGUUGACAUCAUUAGGAGUGCUAAUUAGUUAUGUUAGUCGUUAACUACUAAGCCAAAAAUUAUUACCGAUAACAGAACCAAUAAGCAUUAGUGGUUAACUUUUUAUUAUCGAUUUGAUUGGCUUACCAAUUAACCACUAACCAAUAACAAAUUUUACAUUCCAACACAAAAUAUAAUAAUACCGGUUAUCGUUCAAUCACUAAUCAUUGACAUUUUUUCUCCUUUUUAACAAUAAAAUAUGAUCAUACAAAAUCAUUUAGCUAUAAUUCUAUGUUGUUAAUACAAAUAAUAAUUACGAGGAAUAACAUCUAUACAAUACAUCGUCUAUCGCGAAUUCUUGCUCUGAAUCCAAAUCCAAAUCCCAACACAUAAACUUAAAUAUAAUCAAACCUCAUUAUCCAGUUAGCAAGUACCAACUAGCUACACAUCAAACACAAGAUCAUCAUAAUACAUAAACAUCAAAGAAACAAAAGACAACUAGAUAGUAAAGUUAACUCUAACGACUCUGAAAGGGAGUUGGAGAGAGGGGUGACUUUUAGGUUUUGAUUUUGCUAGACGUUUGGAAAUUUUGGUGGAGGGUUGUUUGCGACAUGAAGGGUAUGAGAUGUUUGGAAUUGUGACUUUGGUUAGUCUUGAACAUUCAAACUUAGCCUCUUAGCCAAGGCGCAAAAUGAUGUGGUUUCCUAGUAGGCGGUUAUCGAUUUGCUUAGUGGUUAACCAAUAAGAAAAAUCAGCUUGUCGAUAACAUAACCACUAAACAAUUAUUGGUUAACCAUUGGUUGUCAUUAUCAAUUUGGUUAUCAGUUUUAACUGACAAUCAACUUACUAGUUACCGUCCUAAAUAUCAUGCUUCUGGGUCUUGAUGACUAUGGUUACCAUUUGAUGUCAUGCUUGAUACCUAGAGAGGCAUCAAAUCAAUGACCAAGAUGGACUCCCUUGUUGGUAUCAUGCUUUGGGAUCUUGGUGACUAUGAUCACAAUGCAAUGAUGUUGGUGACCACAUUGGACCCCUACAAGGUUGAUGACACAAUUUAUUCUUAUUAGAGAUUGUUAGACAAUUAAUGGUAUUAUAUGUCAUAUGUGAUGAAUUUACAAUCAUGUUUUCGUCAUUAAUGAUAUUAUCACGAAAAAUAUGUCAAUUUUUAAAAAAAAAAAGUAUCUCAAAAUAUUUGUUUUAACUAAUUAAUGUUAUCUAUAUAAAAAUAAUACACGGAUUAUCUAAAUAAAGUAAUGAAAUCUACCUUGAACUAGAUUGAAAAAAAAAAUCACAACUAGAUUUUAACCCUGAUCCCACUAGAAGAAAAUACCUAUCAUGGAGAUAGAGGUGAAAAUCUAGUCACAAAAUUUGGGAUUUUGACCAUCCCAUUGAAGAUGGUAUUACCAUUAUAAACCAUGGACAGAACU